ACCUUACAAACCCAAUCUAAAAAUAGUCACCUAAUCUCCUCAGAUAAUCACCCACCCUUCUUGCUUAUGAGAAUCGCACCAUCUCCAGGUGUUCUCUUCUCGAUCACCUCAAUCGCUGAUAAUUAAAAUCACCAUACAAAACUCCCAAAAACUUCCAGUUCUUGGGUAUCUUUGUCACCACCAUAUCAUGUCUACUUAAUCAUCUCUACUGCACUCUUUCAAAACUAGAACCCUAUAAUCAAUUCAAAUUUCCUGUUAAUCCCUCUUGAUUUUGGCACGAACUUUUGUCAACCGGUAAAGAUCUCAAUUCAGAGGACGCUACAGAGCUUCUCAUGGCAAUGGGUGGAGAAGAUUGAUAUGGUACGCGAGGGGGAAGCUCUGGUGGGCUGGCAGCCAAAUUUUGUUGCGUUAUGUUAAGUUUGGUGCUAGUGUCUGUUAUGCUGUUUCUUUACUAAGAGAAAGGUUGGUGCAAGUUUGGAGAUGGUACUAUGGUGUAGGCUGGUGGAGAGAAGUAGGGCUAUGGAAGGGUUUUUCUCUCCAUUUAAUGGCGCUGACUCUGCUCUUAGGUUGUUAGGCAGUGCUGCUUCUCCAAGCACUGCCAAAAUCAUCAUCAAACCCCAAUCUUCUUCGUUGGUGUUCCAUGGCAAGAGGUAGUUGGUUCAGGCAAGUUGCUCAUCUAUUCAGGAUUUGCAGUUGUGAGACCUAGGCCCCAUCUCUUGUCUCUCUUCUUCACUGUUUGAAGAGUGGAGCAAUGACCAAGCUUUUGAUAAGCUUCUCUGUGGGGCAUGUGCCGCUGACAUCCUUUUUGGUGUUUGCUUCCCUGCACAUUUCCUGUGUGUUGUUUUUGGUGUCUUGCUAUUAUGUUCUUGUGUUUAUGUUCGUAGUGGUGUGAAUCCUCUUACUUGCUUGGUCUGUAAUAACUUUUGUGUAAAACUUUGUUUUCCACUUUUAAUAGAAAUAUGGUAGUUUU